AUGCUCCUCUGUGUCAUUUCCUUGUGUCUUCCCAUCUCUCUCCAGCAGGGGUCGAUGUGGAGCUACUGUUUGAAUGAAGAGGCGCUCAGGCUGGGCCUGGCCCGCACUGCCCCUGUUGUCGGGGUCCUUCCGGACUCUCGCCUCUUCUGGCGACUCCACAAACGGUUGCACAAAGCAGAGGUCAAAGCUGAGAAGAAGGGUCUGGGACUGUGGAGGCAGGACAGCCUGUGGGAGAGGGUCUCCAAGGCUGUCAGGGACAACGCCGUCUCUAGAGUGUUGGGAAGGAUCUUUAAGAGGACUUGA